AUGUACAACCGCCGGUAUCCCGACGAUGCGCAGCCACGAUUCUCCAAGGCCUUCUCGCAACGUCCCGCUUUCGAAGAUGUCCCGGACGUGCCGGCUCCUGAAGAGGUCCUCCCUCCAGAUCAACAACAAGAACGUCGACUAUCGACAAAUACCACCACAAGCCGGCGAGACGAGACACGUUGUCUCAAUCGACCCUCGCGUCCAGCAUCGGGAGUCAGCCAGGCUGCGUUGCUGAAGAACAAGUCAGCGAGCAGUACCCAACAACAUCCAUAUUUCGCAGAAGACUUCGAAUUGGACGAUCGGCCCCAUCAUGCAUCACGCCCCUCCGAGUCGACGAUAGCCAGGAACUUCAGCCGGAGACGGAGCAGCAACUCACGCGAACCGGAGAUUGAUAUUUCCGCCUUCCCACCACCGCCUACACAACCGCCUCGCCUUUCCACCAGCACUCGUCGAUCGCAGAAUCCCACCUGGGACAAUGUCGACAAAAGUCCACCUCGUUCUUCCUUGUUACCGCCCACCUCCCGCCUUCUCACCGAAAUAUACACAAUCUCCUACCUCGUCUUCUUCUCCAUCUUCGGGACCCUCGCCCGCCUCGGAACGCAAUGGAUCACCUUCUACCCAGGAGCACCCAUCACCACGCCCGUGCUAUGGGCCAACAUGGCCGGCUCUCUCGUAAUGGGCUUCCUCACCGAAGACAUCAACAUCUUCCUCACCCACCACACACGACACAUCCCCAUUCAAAACGGCGAAAUCUCUCCCUCGGACCGCACCGAAUUAAUGAAGACCAAAAAGACCAUCCCCCUCUACAUCGGCCUCGCAACGGGUUUCUGCGGCUCCUACACCUCCUUCUCCUCCUUCGCCCGGGACAUCUUCCUCGCGCUAUCCAACGACCUCCCCUCUCCCAUCUCUCACCCUUACACCGGCGCCACACCCUCUCCCUCAUCCACCAACUCCCGCCAUCCAGGUUACUCGGUGGAAUCCCUCCUCGCAGUCAUCCUCUCCACCCUCGCACUUUCCGUCGCCGGCUUCCUCGUCGGAACCCACCUCGCCUCCGCCGUGCACCCCUACACCCCCUCCCUCGCACCUCGCAUCCUCAAGAAAAUUCUCAACCCAACCAUCCUCCUCCUCGGCUUCGGCUGCUGGAUCGGCGCCGUACUCCUCUCCAUCUUUCCACCCCACAACAAAUGGAGAGGUGAAGUCCUCUUCGCCCUCGUCUUCGCUCCUCUCGGCUGUCUCCUCCGACACUACACUUCCCUCCUCAUGAAUCCCCUCGUCCCGACCUUCCCCCUCGGAACAUUCACAGUCAAUAUCUUCGGCACGGCGGUGGAAGCGAUGUGUUAUUCCCUGCAACAUGUCGGACUGGCGGGGAGUGGAUUGGUGGGAGGUGGAGUGAUAGGAUGUCAGGUACUGCAAGGGGUGCAGGAUGGGUUUUGUGGGUGUUUGACGACGGUCAAUUGGAGUCCUCCAGACCUUGCCGCCUCCCCUGUCCCGCCCUACGGCUACCUCUCCCUCCUAGUCACGCCUUCUUACUCCUCGCAAUCCACUCCUUGA